AAGUUUGACAUUGUAAUAAAUUAUUUAAUAAAAUGAAAUGAAUAUUAUUGAGUGAUUAUUACUAUAAGUAAACAUAGAGAAAAGAUAGUUAUAUUGAUAGAUUUAACUAAAACAUGCACGACUAAUUCAUACUAAACUCUAAAUAGUUCUUUAGUAACAUUCUCUAACAUAUGCAAGACUGAAGCUACUCCAAAGGCUGUUUCAAUGAGUGAACGCGAACGGUGACACAGUUCAGCAGUGUCGCGUACAGGAUCGUGCGUAUUUUCCUCAACGGCGAGAACAAAGGGACCUUAUUUGCGAAUUUAUUUAACACUUUCCAACGACCGACAUACCAGCCUGUUGAUCUAGACACGUGAAUGGUGCAUAUGUGAAAACGAGACGAUGCGAGAGAUCGCGGCGCGCGUGUAAAAAAUCGAAUGCAAAAAUGAUUAAAAGGAACGGUGAUAAUGUAUUUGCGAUCGCGUCGAGCAACAAUCAGUGUCAAGGCGGCCGGAGUUCUGUCUCGCUCUGUCCCGGCGCGGCCACGAGGAUCCCGCGAGCCACUGCCGCUAGAAUGACGCAGCCUGACGCGCAUCAAAACACUAAAGAGACGAACAUCGCUCUUUCGACUUAUGUUGAAAAGUGGAAAAACAGAUACGAAGAAGCGGAGAGGAAGCACAAAACCUACCUCCUCAAAUCCGAAAAAGCAAAACGGGAGCAUGACGACCUGCAGCGGAGGUACAACAUCGUCACUGAAGAGCGGAACCAUCUCGAAGCUGAGCUCAAUGAUAGAGAGAAAGAGCUCAAUAAGCUGCGAGCUGUGUCGGAGAAGCUGUUCAAGGAGUACCAGCAGCUCAAAAACCAGCAUGAAAUCGACAGUGGUGUUAUGCAGAAGGUUAUGCAGCAAGCUGGCGAGUGGUACAAACAGAACAAGCAGCUCAAGAGACGGAGCACGGCCCUCCUUCACGCCCUCCCGGCCACCGCCGUCGACAUUGACCUCACAGAUGCAACUGAUACCGCUUCAGACGCCAGUAGCAACGAGGAGGUGGAGUUCCUGAAGCGCACGGUGAGCGAGCUGAGCGAGCAGGUGGCCGGCCUGCAGACCGAGGCCAGCGCCGCCCGACUGCACGAGUUCGAGGCGCACGAGACCAACGUGCAGCUCACGCAGGAGCUCGAGAUAGAAAGAGAAAAAUGCAGCAAGCAGGAGAAGGAACUGCAGGACCUGAGGAAUCAGCUCGAGAGACACAACCGCGUCUCCAAGCUGCUGAUGGACGAGAUGAGUGCGCUCAAAAACAACGCAGACAAGGACAGGGAGAUGGCCGAGACUUACAAAUCCGAGGCUCGCGACGCGAAGAAACGAGCGAAGGUGCUGGCGCACCAGAGCGCUCUGCUGAUGGGGGAACUGGACACCGACGAGCGGCUCGGCCUGCUGCUGGCCGAGGUGGACAGUCUGCGGGACGCGCUGGAGAACCAGCUCUGCAGGCACAAGGAGCAGCUCGAGGAGUUGCAGCUAAAAUUAGCCGAGAAACACGAAGACACAGAUAUUCUAUUAUGGGAGGAGAAAAUAAAGCUAGCGGAAGAGGACGCGCAGAAAGCUUUAGAACGAGCAGAGAAGGCGGAAAAGAAGCUCGCAGAACUAGAGAGAAAUAGACCUCCGAAAAAGUCAAACCUAAUGUCGAGGAUAAGUUACUUUGAAAAUGGCGGGAACGGAAAGAAAGAGGAGACGAUAAAAGAAGAGAUCAAAGCGGAAGUGGCAGAAGUUGUAGAAGAGCAGAUAAUUGCUCCAGAAGCGGAGCGACCCCCGUCCCCCGCGCCGAGCCCGUCACCUCCGCCUCCUCCCCCCGCUCCGCCCGCGCCACCCUCGUGUGCGCCCCCUCCACCUCCGCCCCCACCCCCUCCGCCGCCGCUCCCCACUCCGGCUGCAGCGAGCACGACGGCGGCGGAGGCGAUGGCGGACCUGCUCGCCAGCAAGGGAGCAACGUUGAGGAAGACGAAGCAGAACGGAGGUGGCGCGAUAGACGCGAUAGUCGAUCAGAUAAAGGGAGGGAAGUUCCAGCUGAAGUCAACAGAACAGAACUUCAUGGAGAAGAAACCGAAGGACGAUCAACCGGAAGCGGUCAAGGAAAUGUUACAAAUACUCGGCACCUUGAGGAAGAGACGAGUUAACCGACCCAAUAUCGUGGCCAGCGAACAGGAACCCUGAGCAUCGGGCUCGUAAAAGACUGACAGGAAAAUAAUUUUUGGCAGAAUAGUGCAUUGCUAGAGCUUGGGUACCUAGUUUUUUUAUCUGUGGACAAAAUGUAAGAAAUAAAAUCGUAUCUCUGGUCCAGUAUGUAAUUACUAUGGAUAUUAUUAUAUAAAAAAAAAUAUUUUUUAUAUUGUUAAGAAACCGUUUUUUGACGAAAUAUUUAGUCUCUAAAAAUAACUUAAAUGGAUACUUUAUAUAUCCAUUUUCGAAAUUUAUGAUUGUGAUAAAUAUUUCAUUACAAAUUUUAUUUAUAAUAUAAUCAUUGUGACAAUUUUUAAUAUCUUAAUACGAAAUUCCAUCAAAUUCGGUUCGGUUUUUACCGUCAAAGCGUAACAGACAGACGGUUACUUUCGAAUUUAUAAUAUUAGUAUAGACUCAAUAAUGUGAUCUAUAAAACGAAAUUAAACAAACGAAAUGAGAUUC